AUGGUUUUGACACUUGACAUAAUUGCAUAAACAAGAGAGGAGAAGCAGGAGCAGGAAAAGGGAGUGGGAGAGAUGAGUGGUGGAGGGAGUGAGGAGGGAGAGUCGUUAGAGUUCACACCCACAUGGGUUGUUGCUGCUGUGUGCACUGUGAUUGUUGCCAUUUCUCUUGCUGCAGAGAGAUUUCUCCAUUAUGGUGGCAAAUAUCUUAAGAGCAAGAACCAGAAACCCCUGUAUGAAGCUCUCCAAAAAAUUAAAGAAGAGUUGAUGCUUCUGGGUUUCAUAUCAUUGUUAUUGACAGUAUCUCAGGGCACAAUCUCUAAAUUCUGUGUACAUGAGCAUGUGCUUACUAAUAUGCUUCCUUGUGAUCUCUCUGAGAAAGGAGAAGAAGGACAAGGAUCUAAUACUACAGCUACAACCGAACAUUUUCAGAGGUUCUUUACAACUAGCAUUUCUGGCACUAACAGGCGCCUUCUGGCUGAAUCAACAGAAUCCCAGAUUGGUUACUGUGAGAAGAAGGGUAAGGUGCCACUGUUAUCCAUAGAAGCUUUACAUCAUCUACAUAUCUUUAUCUUCGUCCUAGCCAUUGUCCAUGUCACUUUCAGUGUGCUCACUAUUCUUUUUGGAGGGGCAAGGAUUCGUCAAUGGCAACACUGGGAGAAUUCAAUUGCAAAAGAUCGAUAUGAUACAGAUGAAGUUUUGAAAAAGAAGUUCACCAAUGUCCAUCAACACACAUUUAUCCAGGAGCAUUUUCUUGGAAUUGGUAAAGAUUUUGCUCUGUUGGGGUGGGUGCAUUCCUUUUUCAAGCAAUUUUAUGCAUCUGUGACAAAAUCAGAUUACAUAACUCUGCGACUAGGUUUCAUCAUGACACAUUGCAGAGGAAGUCCAAAGUUUAACUUUCACAGAUACAUGGUACGUGCCCUUGAAGAUGACUUUAAGACAGUUGUUGGUAUAAGUUGGUAUCUUUGGAUAUUUGUGGUCAUCUUCUUAUUGCUGAAUGUUAAUGGUUGGCAUACAUAUUUCUGGAUAGCAUUCCUUCCUUUCCUUCUUCUACUCGCUGUUGGCACCAAGUUGGAGCAUGUAAUCACCCAAUUGGCUCAUGAUGUUGCUGAGAAACAUGUAGCCAUAGAAGGGGACUUGGUAGUUAAACCAUCAGAUGAGCACUUUUGGUUCAACCGACCUGACAUUGUCUUGUUCUUGAUUCAUUUCAUCCUCUUCCAAAAUGCUUUUGAGAUUGCAUUUUUCUUCUGGAUAUGGGUUCAAUAUGGCUUUGAUUCCUGCAUAAUGGGACAAGUCCGAUAUAUUGUCCCCAGGCUAAUUAUUGGGGUGUUCAUUCAGAUACUAUGCAGUUACAGCACCCUUCCACUUUAUGCCAUUGUCACACAGAUGGGAAGUUCAUACAAGAAAGCAAUAUUUGAUGAGCAUGUCCAAGCUGGCCUUGUCGGUUGGGCUGAGAAGGUGAAGAGAAAGAAAGGCCUAAAAGGAGCAACAGCAGCAGCAAGAGGUGGAUCUAACCAACCAAGUUCUCAUGAAAGUUCUUCUCUGGGAAUUCAGCUUGGAAGGGUCGGGCACAAUGGGUCAACUCAAGAGAUUCAACCUUCAGCUGGUUCUGAGGGGCAGACAUAACUAGCUAGUUUUGUCGCAACAUCAAUAGUAAUAUGCAGUCUUCAUAUAAUUGUCCGAUACGUACUGUUUUUAUAAACAUUACAUAUUGAGCUUAUGCGCAAUGAGCCUUGGCCAUUGAUGAGUGUAUUUAUGGAACAUAGCAUAGUUUUAGUUCCA